GAGGCGAAGCUGAUGCAAAAAUACCAGGCUGCACAGGGAGCAAUGGCAGACUGGCAGCACGGAAGAGCCUACAAGCUUGACAAGGCCGGCGUUUUCUGAUGUAAAAUUUUUCCUUCUUUCUUCUCAUUCCUUUUGUGCAAUUUUCAGACCUCCCAAAAAAAAAAGCAAUGCCUCUCAGGGUAGCAGAGUUCUACAGCGGCAUCGGCGGCAUGCACUAUGCGCUCAAGGCGGCCAGCAUCGACAGCGAGGUGGUGCGCGCCUUCGACAUCAACCCGGUCGCCAACGACGUCUACAAGCACAACUUCCCCGAGAUCCGCAUCAUGCAGCGCAGUAUCGAGUCCCUGCCUAUGUCGCUGUUCGAGGGCCUGAAGUGCGAGCUCUGGACCAUGUCGCCGCCCUGCCAGCCGUACACCCGCCAGGGCCUGCAGAAGGGGUCCGAAGACGCGCGCGCCAAAAGCUUCCUGUUCAUCAUCGAGCUGCUGGAGCGCGUGCAGCGCAAGCCCACCUACCUGCUGGUCGAGAACGUCGCUGGGUUCGAAAAGUCGGAUACGCGCGCGAUCCUGCUCCGGCAGCUCACACGGCUGGGGUACAGGUUUGAAGAGUACCUGCUGAACCCGCUGCAGCUUUGCUAUCCAAACUCGCGCACCCGGUACUACCUGCUGGCCAAGCGCUGUGCCGAGCCGCGCGAGUGCGCCGAGGACGAGCAGUUUGAGCCCAGCUUUUUGCACGACGUGCCUGGCGCCGAUCUGAUCCAGCCGGCGGCUGAUGUCGAUGGACGGGUUGACUUUGACAAAGCCGUGUGGAACCACGACAAGGUGCGCAAGGUCAAGGAGUUCUUGGAGCCGCUGGAUGAGCAGACGCUGGAAUUGCACCGGAUCAGCGGCCGCACGCUCGAAAAGUACGCGUGGGUGUAUGACGUGGUGACCAAAGACAGUAGCCGCACAUGCUGCUUCACCAAGGGAUACAAGAACUACGCAGAGGGCACUGGAUCGAUCCUGCAGCUUGAAGGCGUGGUUGGCAAGGACCCGAUGACGGUGCAGAAUACGCGGUAUUUCACCGCCCGCGAAAUCGCCAACCUGAUGGGAUUCCCGCAAGAGUUUGCCUUUCCAGACUCCAGCACCAUCAAGCAGCGGUACCGGCUGCUCGGCAACAGCCUGAGCGUCAGCGUGGUUGCUGUACUGAUGGACUACCUUCUCCACCGUAUGUAGGAUAUGCCACGUCUCUUGCACAAUAUGAACAUG